AUGAGUAUGUUAGUAGUUGAGAUUCACGAUGCCACCGACCUCAUGCCCAAAGACGGCCAUGGCUCCGCCAGUCCUUUCGUCGAAGUAAACUUUAACGGCCAACGUCACCGGACUCAGACUAAGCAUAAAGAUCUCAACCCUCAAUGGAACGAGAAGCUUCUCUUUAACAUCGAUGGAGAUUUACCCAACAAGACUAUAGACGUUGUUGUUUACAACGAUCGGAGCAACUCCGACGACAACCAUACCCGUAAAAACUUUCUCGGUCGUGUCAGAAUCUCCGGUGUUUCUGUUCCGAUGUCUGAGUCUGAUGCCCAAAUUCAGAGAUGCCCACUUGAUAAAAAAGAUCUCUUUUCGCCUGUUAAGGGAGAUAUUGCUCUCAAAAUCUACGCCGUUAACGGUUCUUCUUAUUCUGAUUCUCCUCCUCCUCCUCCUCCGGUGGUUGAGAGUACUCAAGAUCAGACUCCAUUACAAGAAAUUAACACCAACAAAAUCGAAGAAGAGAGGGAAAGAGAACGAGAACGAGAGAGCGAGCCAGUAAUUGAGAAGAUAUUCAAGAAAAAGAAUAAGAAAGAGAAAGAGGUGAAGACCUUUCACUCAAUCGGAACCGGCGCCGGAGGAGGAGGAGGUGGUGGUGGUGGUAGCCAUGGCCAUGGCCAUGCUUUUUCUGCUCACCAGCAACCACCACCAAUGUCUUCAAAACCACCGGGUUUCGAGAUGAGGCGAGAUUUUGCUCAGGCAACUCCACCGGGACCGGCGACGGCAGUGAUGAGAAUGCAAAUGCCACCAAGACAGAACCCGGAAUUCGCUUUAGUAGAGACUAGGCCGCCGGUGGCGGCGCGGUUAAGGUACAGAGGAGACAAGACUUCGAGCACUUACGAUCUCGUUGAGCAAAUGCAUUACCUUUAUGUAAGUGUGGUGAAAGCCAGAGAUCUUCCGGUAAUGGACAUUACCGGAAGUGUAGACCCAUAUGUGGAAGUAAAAUUGGGGAACUACAAAGGGGUAACAAAGCAUUUGGAGAAGAAUCAAAACCCAAUUUGGAAACAGAUUUUUGCUUUUUCCAAAGAAAGAUUACAGUCCAAUUUGCUUGAAGUUACUGUUAAAGAUAAGGACUUUGCAAAAGAUGAUUUUGUGGGUCGAGUUCAUUUUGAUCUUUUGGAGGUUCCUCUUAGAGUACCCCCAGAUAGUCCUUUGGCUCCUCAAUGGUAUAGAUUGGAAGAUAAACAUGGGAUGAAGACAAAAGGUGAAGUUAUGCUUGCUGUUUGGAUGGGGACUCAGGCUGAUGAAUCAUUCCCUGAAGCUUGGCAUUCUGAUGCUCAUAAUAUUAGCCAUGUAAAUCUUACUAACACUCGUUCUAAAGUUUACUUUUCUCCUAAAUUGUAUUACCUUAGAAUUCAUGUGAUUGAAGCUCAAGACCUUUUAGCUUCUGAUAAAGGAAGAGCAUUGUCUAAUACUCAUGUGAAGGUUCAAUUAGGUAACCAACUUAGAGUUACUAGGCCUACACAGGUUCGUAUGGGUGGUCCUGUUUGGAAGGAAGAGCUUAUGUUUGUUGUGUCUGAGCCUUUUGAAGAUUUCAUUAUGGUGACUGUUGAGGAUAGAGUUGGGCCAGGGAAAGAUGAGAUUUUGGGGAGAGUGAUUCUUCCUGUUAGGGAAGCUACUCAGAGAAUGGAGACUAGUAAGUUUCCUGAUCCUAGAUGGUUUAAUCUUCAUAAGCCUUCGGUUGCGGCGGAGGAAGAGACUGAGAAGAAGAAGGAGAAGUUUUCUAGUAAGAUUUUGAUGAUGUUGUGUUUGGAAGCUGGUUAUCAUGUUCUUGAUGAAUCUACUCAUUUUAGUAGUGAUCUUCAGCCUUCUUCUAAACACCUUAGGAAGGCUAAUAUUGGGAUUCUUGAACUUGGGAUUUUGAGUGCUAGGAAUUUACUUCCUAUGAAGAGCAAAGAAGGGAGGACUACUGAUGCUUAUUGUGUAGCUAAGUAUGGUAACAAAUGGGUUCGAACUAGAACUCUUCUUGAUACUUUGUCUCCUAGGUGGAAUGAGCAGUACACUUGGGAAGUUUAUGAUCCUUGUACUGUUAUCACCAUUGGUGUUUUUGACAAUGCUCAUACUAAUGGAAGUAAAGAAGGUGCUAGAGAUCAGAGGAUUGGGAAGGUUAGGAUUCGCCUUUCGACUUUGGAAACAGAUCGAAUUUAUACACAUUAUUACCCCCUUUUGGUUCUCCAACCCAAUGGUUUGAAAAAACAUGGGGAGCUUCAAUUGGCAUUGAGGUUUACUUGUAUGGCUUGGGUUAAUAUGGUUACCCAAUAUGGUAAACCAUUACUUCCCAAGAUGCAUUAUGUGAAUCCUAUACCGGUUAAGCACAUUGACAUGUUGAGACACCAAGCUCAGCAGAUUGUGGCCAUGAGGCUGGCUCGGGCUGAGCCCCCGCUUCGGUUAGAGAAUGUUGAAUACAUGUUAGAUGUGGAUUACCAUAUGUGGAGCUUGAGGAGAAGCAAGGCGAAUUUCCAACGCAUAAUGUCUGUUCUCUCGGGCCUUUCUGCGGUUUGCAGAUGGCUUGAUGACAUUUGCUAUUGGAAAAACCCCAUCACUACAUGUCUAGUGCAUGUCUUGUUCUUGAUGCUGAUUUGUUACCCGGAAUUGAUAUUGCCCACCAUCUUCCUUUACCUAUUUGUGAUUGGAAUUUGGAACUAUCGGUUUAGGCCAAGGCAUCCUCCUCACAUGGAUGCUCGGCUUUCGCAAGCUGAAUUUGCACACCCCGAUGAACUCGAUGAAGAAUUCGAUUCAUUCCCGACUUCUAAGCCAGCAGACAUAGUUCGAAUGAGGUACGACCGGCUAAGGAGCGUAGCUGGAAGAGUGCAAACAGUGGUGGGAGAUUUGGCAUCACAAUUGGAAAGAGCUCAGGCUAUAUUGAGUUGGAGGGAUCCUAGAGCCACUGCUAUAUUCAUAAUCUUCUCAUUGAUUUGGGCUGUGUUCAUUUAUGUUACACCAUUCCAAGUUGUUGCUUUGCUUGUUGGACUCUUUUGGUUGAGACAUCCAAGGUUUAGGAGCAAAAUGCCUUCUGUGCCUGUAAAUUUCUUCAAGAGGCUGCCAUCAAAGUCUGAUAUGCUGCUUUGAAAUUGUUGCUUCUUCCCUUUCUUACUUAAAAGAAAGGGAAUUAAAUUAGAUGUUACCUCCUCCAUUAUUUACUCAAAUCUCUGGGGACAAGACCAGAUGAUCUUGCCAAAUAAUGGUGCCAGGAUUAUAGAAGUACAAGACAACAAUAAUUUGCUAUUAUUAUUUUUUUUCUUUAGCCGGAUCCAAUAAGAAUCCCACGUUGCAUAGAUUUGUAUAUUUCAGCUUUAUUAAUGCUUAUCAAACCUUUUUUUAA